GGCCGGGCUGGAGUCAUCAGAUGGAGCAGGCAAUCCACCAUCCACAGGGAAAGAGCCGGAGCAGACAGGAUGGAAGCCAGAGAGGAGCCCGCAGCGCCAGACAGGAACUCCAAAAGACACCUUUUUCUAACGGACCCCGUCUAGAAAGGGCAGAGGAUUGGAGGGGAAAGAUGUUAGGAGCAGAACCCCCCAGGAUUGUUGGAAAAGCGGGCUUGAGAGAGGGCGGAAGUGCUGAGUUUACCGACGCCUUAGUAAGGGCGGAAGUAGAGGCCUCAGCGGAAGUGGCGCCAGUAAGGGCGGGCAGUGUGGCCGGGGUCCGAGCUGGGGUUCUGUCCCCGCUGGGCUGCUGCCCUCGCUGGGGUGCUGCAAUGGAACUCAGCGCCGACUACCUCCGGGAGAAGCUGCAGCGGGACCUAGAAGCUGAGCACGUGGAAGUGGAGGACACGACUCCCAAUCGUUGUGCAUCCAGCUUCCGAGUGCUCGUGGUGUCGGCUAAGUUCGAAGGGAAGCCUCUGCUUCAGAGACACCGGCUUGUGAACACGUGCCUAUCGGAAGAGCUUCCUCACAUCCAUGCCUUUGAGCAGAAAACCCUGACCCCAGAGCAGUGGGCCCGUGAGCAGCAAAAAUAAGGAAACCAGACCCGCACACCUAUUAAAUUAUGAAUCAGGGCCA